ACCUCUUCCCUUGGCAACCACUUCCUCUGAGCAUCAACGGCCAUCUUUAAUUGUAACUCAUUCAUGAAAAGUUGUUGUCGAUCAAAUAAAACGCGCAAACCGACCCGUUUGCGCACGAAGCGGCGUCGUCGGCGCUGUUCGCGUGCGGUUCGCAUAAAGCGGAAGCAGAUCAGAAGCGGAGCGGCUGUCCGCAGAGAAUAAGUAAACACCGAGCGCAAUGAGAAAGAAGCAGACUGCCAAGCAGAGGAAGACUGAGGAGACUUCAGUGGUCCAAGAGUUUGUGGUGGAGAAAAUAAUUCGCCGUAGAGUAUUAAAUGGCAGAGUGGAGUACUUCCUGAAGUGGAAAGGCUUCACCGAUGCAGAUAACACGUGGGAGCCUGAGGAUAACCUGGACUGUCCCGGGCUCAUUCAGGAGUUUCUGAGAGACGCUGAUCUAUCGAAAGAGGCUGAAGAGGAGCAAAGUGAGCAGCAGGUCAUCAAGGAAGACAUGGCAGAGCAGGAGACGGAAAUUCAACAGAGCAACAACAGCGUCCUAAAACCAGAUGAUGAGGAGUCGGACGCCCCCACUGACCUCAGCAAUUACCUCGAGCCUGAAUGCAUUAUUGGCUCCACGGACAGAAAGGGAGAGCUCAUGUUCUUAGUCAAAUGGAAGAACUCCGAUGAUGUGGCCCUGCUGUCGGCCCGUGAGGCAAGCGCCAGAUGUCCACAGGUGGUCAUUGACUUCUACGAACAGAAGUUUACCUGGGACUGCAGGGACGAGAAGCAGUGAAUAGGGAAACAACAAAAAAAAUCCUGUUUUUGUAUACUGAGGACUGCUGAUAAACAACUGCGCUUCCACCUCAAGUUUAGUUUCUCCUCCAUCAGCUGACAUUAAAGGCUCGCUGCAGGUGGGGUUUUAGACUUGCAGCUGUGAGAUCCUCAGCAUGUGAUGGGGCUUUAGAUGACUCCCAGCUCUGUGGUGCUCAGCAAGGUCUCUCUGCCUAUAUGGACACAGAAAUGGAGACUAAAACUAACUAUAGUUGAUUUUUGUCUUAUUUUAUUUUUUAACUAACCUGCUGCUGCAUUCCUGUUGGAAGAUUAUGUAGCAGAUUCUGUCACUGUGGACGUGUUUUGGUUCAAAGAUAUCGUUAGAUUUUUGUUUU